UUUUUUUUUCCAUGUUAUAUCGUAUGACGAACUUGUUUCGUCGUUUCAUCAAAAGUAAAUAUUUCAGAAAAAAAUGAGAAAACCUGCGACUUUCAACCGCCGUAUCGGAACGAAACACAUUCAGUGAUAAAAGAGCUUUUGCAAUGAACAGAAACCGGAGUUAGAAUUCGUACAUCGAAGCUACAACACACAGACUGGUGCUCUCGUGCGCAAAGACCGAAAAUAUUAAGUAAACGGUUGAGAGACAUAAAUUCGGCGGUUAUUUUUUGGUCGAAAUCAAAACAAGUUCAAAAAAAAAGAGAUUUAUUCAUUUUGAAAGUUGAUGGGGUUUUCCGUGAAAGUAAUUGUUUGGAAGAUUAUAAAAAAAUAUUCAAGUUCAAGGAAGAAAUAAUCUUUAUUGAUGAAGUGAAUUGAAAAACGAAAAAAAAACAGAAACCAAAAGUUGAAUUAGUUAAAAAAAAAUCAAAAGUGAACAAAUAUCAAAAUGAAAAUGAGGAUUUUAUUGAAUAAACUGUUUUGUGUCCAGCAAAUAGAGACAAAAACCAAAAAUGGUCACAUCGAAUCGAACAUUCCGAAGAAAAAAAGUGCUGAUCCCGAAUUGUGGCGAGAUAUUCUAGCCUAUUGGAUACUGGGUCUUGGAACUGAAUUCGGAUAUGUUGUGAUGAUUUGCGCGGCAAAUGACAUACUACAUGGCUUCGGACAUUCAAGUCCAACGGAAUCGUAUCCAACAGCUGACGAUGCGGACAGCAUUCGGCAAAAUGUGUGUGAUACACCGUCAACGGGGGUUUUAUUGAUAGCUGACAUUGUUCCGUCCAUGCUUAUGAAUAUUUCAUGUCCGUUCCUACCGUUAGCUAAAAAUAUCCGAAUGAUGUUGGUGAUUGCGCUGAAUGUGUCAAGUUUUCUGUUAAUUGCCAACACUGAUGCAGAGUAUUUAGCGAUAAUGGGUGUUGUGUGUACAUCACUGGCGCUCGGGAUCGGCGAGGUAACGCUACUGUCUUAUUCAGCACAAUUUAACAAAAAAGUGAUAACCGCAUGGUCAUCGGGAACAGGUUCGGCGGGUAUAAUUGGUUCAUUGAGCUGGGCAGGUCUCAUUGCUCUUGGAAUGUCGCCACGUGAUGUGAUGCGUCUUAUGCUAAUUGUGCCGGCUAUUCAAGCGGUUACAUUUUGGUUUUUGUUACGUUCACCACAGAAGCAGGUGGUUAAGAGUGGUGUGAGAAAUGUCGCCAUUGCUACCAUCGCCACCAUCGAAUCAAAUAACUGUAGAGCGGACAGCGUGUUGCCAUCGCUUGAUGUCAAGCCGAGUGGUUUGAAGGCAAAACUUAAGUUUGUCCCGAAAUUGGCUGGCUUCAUCGCUCCGCUGGUCAUUGUUUUUAUAUUCGAAUACAUUUGCGUCUCUGGAUUGUUUGAAAUGAUCUAUGUGCGAGACCUUCCAUUCGGAUUGAAAUUCGACGCAGAGUCACAAUAUCGCUGGUUCCUUGUAACAUAUCAAAUUGGUGUUUUUUCUAGCAGAUCUCUCGGCGCCUUUUUAAAGCCACGCCGAACAUGGUGGGCCACCAUAGCACAGUUUCUCAACUUUGGUUUCUUCAUGUAUGUGACAGCCACGGUGCAAGCAUCAAAUCCAUGGAUCAUAUUCGUCUUUGUGUUUUGGCUUGGUGUCGUCGGUGGCCUUUGCUUCGUGCACACUUUCCAUCGAUUAAUAAAAGAAUUACCAGCGAAUCAGCACAAAUUUUCGCUGGGAAUGAUCACAAUAGCCGAAUCGAUCGGCAUUGCCAUCGGAGGCUCUUCAGCGAUAUUAAUUCAUAAUAUCUUAUGUGGAAAACUGCUAGUGACUAAUUAACGUUCGGGUUUUAAGUUAUUCGAUAGACUUUAGUGUAGUUAUUUGUAAACAGAAUUUUAUGGCUCGAUUUGUAAAAAGAAUUUGUAUCAGCCGAAUGUUUGAAUGAAUCAAGUUGAACGGUGAAUGGAAAAAUAUUUUUAUGAUAGCUUUAUCGUGAUAGUUGAAAUUCCGAAAUAAAAAAAUGUGCAACGACGCAUAAAAUUGCACUUGAAAUUUGUUAAUCAAAAAAUGGCUUAAGUUCAAUUACUUACUCACUCCAGUCGAUUGACUCGACCAGUCGAACGAACACAUUAUAACUUUUUAUCAGCUGACUCGUCUCCAAUGGACUUUUGAACAAAACGUAAAUAACACGAACAUUAAUAACACUACAGAUGUGGGCCACCUUUGUUUUUGUUGACUAAUAUAGAACAUUUUUUCUAUUGUCAAUGAAACCACUGAUUUAUGAAAUGAAAUUGGAACAGCUUGAAUUCUAUUUUUUGUGGAAGUGCAAGGUGCAUACACUUAUACUGUCUCCACUUUGAACAUUUCUUCGCAAAAUUAAUGGCAGCCACAAAUCAUCGUGACAUCGAUCCCAUUGAGAAAGAAGGUUAACAAUUUUGAAACGAAAUUUUUUUUCGACUCUGCUAAAUCUUAUCUGACAAGUGAGC